GUCGGACUUGACGAUGGUGGAACGGUCGUUUGGUUAAAAUUUCAUUUAUAUUCGAUUGCAGAGGCACGCAGGCAGGCAAGCAGGCAGGCAGGCAGGCAGGCAGGCACGCACUCACGAUCCUCCUAUUAUUUACGAUAAUAAAAGUGUGUUGGUUGAUAGAAAAAAAUGGCAAUUACAAGGACAAGUAGGAAUAGCUUUCGUUGGAUAAACCGAGAAGCGACUCGUAUCGUAACGAUCGGUCAGCAAGCGAUCGAUUUUCGAAGAAAUGCUGUUGUACGAAGAAACGGAAGAACCGAUGGCCCGAUUACUGACUCGACGGUAUAAGAAAGAAAACGAGACCGACAGAUACAGGCGUAGAUUGCAAAACGUAUUAACCGCCUCGAGUCAGCAGUGGUCGUAGUUACGUUUGUCGGUGGCAAUGAGGACGCGCGGCUUGGAUCGAUGAAAAAAUUAGAAUAGCCAGUGUUCGUUGGUAAAGAGGAUGAAAGUAUGCUGCUAGAAGCAGGACGUCGUUCGGUGCGUUGGUGCUGAUCUCCGCCCGCCGUCUUCUUCCUCCUAUCGAUAUGUGCCUACGUGCAUGUAUGCGUGUUCUGGUCGUGCGCGUACUUUUCUACACGCGCGUAUAAACGUUAUUUCGAAUACGUAGAGGCGGGUGUUGGUGCGCGGUGCGUGUGCGUGGAUGCCUGCGUGCGUGCGUGCGUGCGCGCGGCCAGGGCUCGGCGAUGUCAGAAGUUCGUCUUACAAAAGCGCUCGUCGUCAGUUUUGUCCGAUAAGAAUGGGAUUGGUGGUGAUUGGCCGACAGCCAGUGCAUUGACGCUACAUUACUUUACGCGAGAAUAUACGCGAAUACAUAGUGAAACGUGUACGCAUACACGCGUACCUAUUCUACGUACACACGGUGGCAUGUAGGUGGUGCGUGCGCGUGGGUGGCUAUGUAUUCGGUAUGAUGUAGGUAUGGGUGCGCGUGUCUUGUACAUACGUACGUGUAGUUUGUGGUAACGUGUAAUGGCAUGGAAAUGAGGCGCUCGCGAGUGUCACCCCGAAAGAUACGCCUCUCGCCUGGAAAGCUACUCUGCUGUGCUCCAAACUCGAAAGGAGAAUCCUCUCGCGAGUGCUCGCUCUUACCGGUUUAACCUCACCACCGGCAUCCUCGACGUGCGUGCUUUCUUUCAUUCCGUUAACCCUUAUUUGGUCUUGGCCGAGCAACUUUCCAUCAAUCUUCGACAACAUGCGAUAACAUCCAAUUACAAAUAAUCGAAAAGGGUCUCGUUCGUGAUUCACGACAUCCCGGAAUCUUUGGAUAGCGGAAAGAAAAAUGCGCAACGAGUGGCUAAGAAACUUGAUCGCGAUAGCAGUUUUCGCCCUUAUGGUUCAUGGGCAAUUGAGAUCACCGCGCAUAACGGAACAUCCGUCGGAUAUAAUUGUGGCGAAGCACGAACCGGUAACGUUGAAUUGCAAGGCGGAAGGUAAACCCCAACCAGUGAUCGAAUGGUACAAGGACGGCGAACUGGUUCAAACGUCACCGGCAGAUCUCAAAUCCCGUCGUGUUCUUCUUCCUACGGGCUCUCUUUUCUUCUUACGGGUGAUGCACGGAAAAAAGGAGCAAGAUGGCGGAGUUUAUUGGUGCGUUGCGAGGAAUCAAGCUGGCUCCGUUCCGAGUCGAAACGCUACCCUCACUGUUGCAGUGCUAAGGGACGAAUUUCGAGCAGAACCGCAAAAUACUAGAGUCGCGGCUGGAGAGACCGCUUUGUUAGAGUGCGGACCACCCCGGGGUCAUCCUGAACCGACGCUGCAUUGGAAAAAGAACGAUCACAUGAUAGAUUUGGAUGCUACGAAACGAAUCAGUUUGGUAGACGGUGGUAAUUUGAUGAUCUCGGAUGUCAGACAAACGGACCAGGGAAAGUAUCAGUGCGUUGCCGAGAACAUGGUGGGCGUAAAAGAAUCCGCAGUAGCAACUUUGACAGUUCACGUGAAACCGUUCUUCUUAUCGACGCCCGGCAAUCAAACGAUUCUAACGGAUCAGACGGCUGAAUUUGCUUGCCGCGUAGGCGGCGAUCCUCCACCCGAGAUACUUUGGCGACGAAACUACGGGAAAAUGCCGAUCGGCCGAGCGCAUAUUUUGGACGACAAGAGCUUGCGUAUAGAGAAAGCGACGUCGCAAGAUCAGGGCACGUAUAUUUGCGACGCUAAGAACGGCGUGGGUGCGAUAUCGGCUAGCGCAACUUUGACGGUACAUUCGAGACCAGUGUUCACGAAUUUUCCAAAGGACGAGGUGGCUGGUAUCGGAUCGAACGUAUCGUUUUCCUGCGCGGCCCGCGGUACGCCUAAACCUUCCGUCUUUUGGACGCGCGAAGGCUCUCAGGAACUAAUGUUCCCUGGAAACGAGUAUCAGGGACGUUAUAAAGUUACGGAAGAGGGAAACCUGCACGUGAGAGGAGUCGUCGGGAAAGACGAGGGGCACUACGUGUGCAGCGCGAUAAGCCAAGCCGGUGCCAGUACGGCGACCGUUUUCCUUCAGGUGUCGUCCGUCGAAGAGGCCCCGCCACCCAUUAUCGAGAUAGGCGCGACCAAUCAGACAUUGGCUCCGAAAAGUGAAACUUGGUUACCGUGUCGCGCGUUUGGAAGACCGGUACCAAAGAUCCGCUGGUACAAAGACGACCAAUUGGUGCGAGUCGAUGCCGGGGAUCGAUUGACAGUCGCGAGCAACGGGACGCUUUCGAUAAAGAAUCUUCAAUCGAGCGACAACGGAGUGUACAGUUGCGUCGCUUGGUCCGAGUCCGGGAACGCGUCGUGGACCGCGAGCUUGACGGUUAGCCCGGAAGCGAGUCAUCAGGCCGGUAUCGCGGUGCCAGAUGUAUCGAGUUUACCCGAAAACCCGAGCAAACCGAGAAUAGUGAACGCUACCAGUAACACGGUUACGCUUACGUGGAGUCCGGGUCACGAGGGUGCUAGCAAGAUAAUCGACUACACCGUCGAAUAUUAUGCGACCAAUCCAAAAACCGGCUGGAUCGUUGCCGCGACCGGAAUUACCGACGACAUCUACACCGUAACCAAUCUGAAGCCUGACACGAGUUACGCGUUCCUGGUUCGUGCUAGAAACGGUCAUGGUAUUUCGUUUCCCGGUCCUCUUUCGGACGUUGCGCGUACGACUAGCCUCGACCAACAAACGAUUCCACAGACCGAACUGAUUCGAGCUAGAGAUCGACUCAACAGCGAGAUUCUCUACUUGAAGGAGGUUCAACCUUUGAGCAGUACCAGCGUCAAGAUCAUAUGGGACAUUCUUGGAGCUGCCGAUUUAGUCGAGGGUCUCUAUAUAAGGUACCGACAAAUGUCCGAGAAACCAGAAUAUCGAAUGGUUACGGUACCGAAUGCCGGCGCAACCAGCUACGUUUUAACCAACCUAAACAAGUAUACGCGGUACGAGUUCUUUCUAGUUCCGUUUUUCAAAACCAUCGAAGGGAGACCGAGUAACGUAAAGUUGGCCACCACGUUGGAGGACGUACCCUCCGGUGCGCCCGAAAACGUUCACGUUGGAAUGAUAAACGUCACCUCGGCGUUCGUUCGUUGGUCUCCGCCGCCGAAAAGCACGCAAAACGGCCAGCUGAUUGGAUACAAGAUUCAAAUCAAGAGCAACAGCAGUAACAAGAUUUUGGGUCAAAUGUCGUUGAACGCAUCGACGACGUCGGUGAUCAUCAACACCUUCACGACCGGUGGUCUGUACACGGCACGCGUCGCCGGAUUAACGCGCGAAGGUCUCGGCCCGUUUUCCGCACCGACCGUUUUAAACAUGGAUCCGGGACAACUCGCACAGUUGCCACCGCGAACAGAUCCGAGUCAAGGGAGUGCUUCGGUCGUCGGUGAAACUUGGUUUUUAAUUUUGAUGAUAGCGGUUGCGUUGACCGUUAUCGCCACCUUGCUGGGUGCUUUUUACGUACGACGGAGACAAACGAUGAGCAAACAACUCGGACAUUUGAACGUUCCCGUUGGUACAGCCAACGACAUUUGUCAAUUGAACAAAGACACUCUGUGGCUGGAACGCGGAUGGAGACCGAGCAAUACUCUUCAGGCUUCCGCCACCGACAAAGACUGCGAGACGAAGCUUCUUAGCAAUCAGAAUCAAAUCGGACUGCCACCCGGAAUCGUCGGAAUGACGGGCUCGGAAUACGCCGAAGUAAAUUUAACGACCUUUUAUAACACGAGAAAACAACUGCAGGCUCCGCCGGAGCCCUAUGCCACGACCACGCUUUGUAUGCCGACCCGUAGUCCGGACUCGAUAGAAACUAGCGGCCGAAAGUCCAAUUCGAGCGAUUCCUGUCUCAAGCCUGACUACUCGAGUUUGGAUUCCAAUUUGGACCGAAACAAAUCGACCGUUUCCCCGUGCAGCGACAACGCCAGCAGUGUUUACAAUGCGGACGAUACCGCGGAACCGCACAGAAGAACUCAUCAGUACAGAAUGCCGUUACCCAGUGAAAAUCAACCACCGAAUUGGUGCGAUAUGAUACCGCCCCCGCCAGAGCAUCCAUCCUCGUUCGAAGGAUCGCUUGGUUCGGUCAGAACGCAUUCGCAUUCCCAUCAGCAUCAACACCAACACCAACCUCAACAUCAAUACCAGUACCACCACCACCAUCACCAUCAUCAUCAUCAACAACAACAACAGCAACAACAACAACAGCAGCAGCAGCAGCAGCUUCAAUAUCAGUACCAACAUCAACACCAUUACCAGCAACAGCAACAGCAACAGCAACCACAACAAUCGCAACAAUCGCAACAAUCGCAACAAUCGCAACAAUCGCAACAAUAUCAAACUGCAUUUAGCCCGCAUCUAGGGAAAAGAAGCAUCAACAGACAAAACGAUUUAGACCUGAUGACCGGUUCUGGAUUAGCUUUGGGACUAGGUUUGGGUUUAAGUUCCAAUUCGGGUUCCGGAUCUGGUUCUGGUUCUGGGUCUGGGUCUGGGUCUGGGUCUGGGUCUGGGUCUGGGUCCGGUUCCGGAUCAGGUUGCGGCUCUGGUCCCGGAUCGGGUAAUUCUCAAAGUCCACCGAGUCCACCUGUUAGAACAGCAAACAAUUUAGGAGGCUCGGGAACAGUUUGGAACGGUUCGAGUCAGCAACAGCAACAACCGUUCGACGGUUCCGUUCAACAAACCGGUAACGUUCAUCCACAAAGCAGAUAUACCAGUUUACCGCCGCAAACGAAUCCGCCGCCGACGUUGCCAGCCCUUCCGCAAGGAUUCGAUCGUUACGAGUACAAGACUAAUCAAGAAAAUGAAUACGAGAGCGGUUCCCUUUUGUACGCCCAACGGAACGGCUCGCCGUUGGAAGACUACGAUUCCACGUAUUGUCGCGUGAACCGAACCGAUUCUCGUUCCGAACAAUCGAUCGCGAACGAGGAUAUCUAUCGACGAACCGAUCAAGACGCCUAUCCACCGGAGAACCUUUAUCAGCCCGAGAACGAGGAUUGGGAUAGAAAGUCCUGCGAUUCGAACGCGCACUCGGACAUUUGUUGCUCCUGUUCCGAGUCUAGUUGCCUUUACGAAAACGCGCUCGAGUACAACGAUCAAUUUACUUCGACGUCGGCAAAUUGUUUACACGACAAAGCCGGCUCUCGAAGCAGAAGCGGUAGAAGUCCACGCAGAAGAAAUGCUAGAACCUCGUCGCCCACUUACAGCAGCGGCGAUAGCAAUUACUCUUGUAUUCCCACCAGACAAUCCGGAAGUAUCAGCUCGCAAGAAAGGUUGAGGCAUAACCGCGGUAAAGACAAAGUGCCUAGCUUCUCGAGAAUCGCCGGCUAUCCUCAACAUAAUUCCACGGGAUCGAAUACCGUCAGCAGUGCCGGCAGUCAAAGGUACAACAAGCUAAACAAUGUCUUCGUAGGUGGUGGCAACUCGAGUACUCCAGCAGAGUGUAGUCGGCCGGCCGACCUUCGCGAUGGCUGAUAUCACGUGUUCUCAAAGCGGAGAAUCGCUGCUGAACAACCUCUAACGUCGAAAUAAUUUACUUCGAUCGCAACGAAUAGAGUCGUUUUGUUGCGAUACUCGAAUAUCGCGGACGCGUGUACUACAAAGUACCUAUCGAUCGCGUCCUCGACAUCUUCAACGUUGAACCGUUGACCUCGGUACCACCAUCCGAUUCCAUUUCGAUUCCCAUUUCUUUCGUCUCUCCUUUCCGACACACUUUCAAACCUUCUAUUCACAAUUUUAUCUUUUUCGCUAACCCCCUUGCCCCCUUGCCCCCUUGCCCCCUUCCCCCCUUCCUAUUGUGCUUUUGUUUCUUUUUUUUCCUUCGGUUAAGACUUUAAUCGGUCGAUUCGCACCACCCCCUAUCACGAUCAUACGAUAAAAGAUUCUUUUCUUUUACUCGGCACACUCACUGCCCUCCCCCCUCGAAUAAAAAGGAUACAAGGAUAGAGAUAAAAGAGAAGAGUGCGCGAAAGUCGGGAAGCGAGAAUGUUUUAAACGAUGGACCGUACGAACAAAAUGUGUGGGUUUAAAAACAUUGGAAACAUCCAAGUGUAGAUAGUUUUUUGCCAACGAGUUUUCAAUUAUAGGUGAUCUGCGUGGACGUGCGCUAGUUAGAGCUUCGAUCCAACGUGACAUUUAUUUUUCAAUAGAUUAUGCGUUCUCGCCACCAAGUUCCGUACAUAUAUUGCUUUUUAACGAUAUAACGUUCCUAAACUUUAAGGAAAAGUCUCAAUGUGUUUAUCGCGAAACAGAGAGAGAGAGAGAGAGAGAGAGAGAGAGAGAGAGAGAGAGAGAGAGAGAGAGAGAGAGAGAGAGAGAGAGAAACAAUUGACGCGCGAAUCUCCUAAAACGCGCCUCUUUAUAACGAUACGUGCGAUCGACUAUACACGUAAGUAGUAUUAACAUCGUAUCGAACAAUGUUUUACAAGCUGUACGCGCAGUGUUCUUUCUGUCGAGUUUAAGUAGCCGUAACCGCUGAUUUACGUCUUUUGGCGCGAACCUCGCAAAUAUGUACUACCAGACCCGCCCGCCCUCCCUUUCCUCGACUUCGAUUCGAUUCGAUUCGUUUCAUCGUAACGAAACGUCGAAUGACGGGCAAAUGUUCAUUUUUUUACGAUAGCCAACGCCAACGGAAUUACGGCAGCUUAACGAGAUACGCACACGGAUAAAGGUUCGAGUAAUUUCGAAAUCGUAUGAAAAUUGAACCUGAUCGAACGUAGAAUCUUUAAAUCACUAAGUGUGUUCUCGAUGUAGCGAGACGACGAGUUCUCGAGCCAAGAAUCAAUCCCACCAGCGAACGAUACGCGAACGAAGUAAACGGGAUGACAACAACAAGUUAAGCAACAAGCAAGUCGAGUCAACGACACUCGCCGCUAUAAUCGCUAUAAUCGCUCAAAUUUCUUGUAAUUAGUGGAAAACGUUUUAAAGAAGAAAAGGAAAGCGACAGGGAUAAUUGCCUGGUUAGAUGUCGUUACUACAUAUUUAGCGAAACAGUAGUUGGUUAUCGAUGUGGUUAGGCGUGAAACGACGCGACUGACGGACGUCGAAAACACUGCCGGGAGGGAAUUAUCGAUUCCGAAAUAUUUCGUCAAAGAAUAUAAAGAUAAAUGAAACUGUAAAUCAGCCACGAGUGUAAAAGUUCGAAGAAGAUAAAUUAAACAAAAUGAAGAAAUUUUCAUGAAUCCGUAGCGUGUAUAGAUACAAGUGUAAUCCAUCCAGACGGGCGAGAAGUGAAAAAUUUAAUUAAUUGAUAAGGGAGUUCGGUUUUGUAGCGUGUUUAGACUAGAACUCGAUUCGGUCAACUAUAGCCACGUAGAACAUACAUAUAUAUAUAUAUAUAUAUAUAUAUAUAUAUAUAUAUAUAUAUAUAUAUAUUUUAAGUAACAUUCACCGUAACAAUAUCCCAACUAUCUCUCCAUAUAUUAUACAUACAUAGGUCUAUAUUUCGACUGUACGCUGAAUUUGCCAAACUUCGUUCAACAUUAAUGACGUAAGUGGCCGUUAGAGAAAUACCUAUACAUAUAUGUAGGUUCUUCGGGAGAGUGAACGCCCCUAAAUCUGUACAUAGAGAGUUGCACUUCUUCAUUCUUCAUGGUAUGGAAGAACGGUAUGAAUCGAUAGUAGUUACAUACUUAGGUACUGAAAAUAAUCCGUUCGAGGUCGAGAGCUCACGGUAUUUUCGUUACGCGAGAGAACGAACCUUCGUCACUUUACGCCGAACCAUCCUACUAAUUUGCGAGAAAAAAGUAAUACGUUAUUUUUAUAGUUUAUCAUCCUCGCACAAUUCUUACGAUGGUUCGCGGCGCCAUUUGUAUCAUAUAACGCGUAACGUCGUAAUUCCUCCAGGUUUAACAGAAAUAAAACGCCGCGUAAGCAUUUAUUUACGCGAUAGUUCUUUUCCCAUAU